GUUCUCAGUCGUUGAAGUUCAUAACAGCCCUCGCCUGGCUAAUCUCACUCUGACACAGACAUUGUGUGAGGAAAUGCAUGUGGUCACAUUCGUUUGCAUGCUGUGAUCAUCAGCUCGUUCUGUUGCAUGAAAACUCUUUGUAGCACCACUGCAAACUCUGAUUGGCUUGUGGACACAGAUAGGAAGUGCAGCGCAACAUUCAACAAAACCUUGGAUCUGGUGGCUCCAAAUGUUCAGACAAAGUCUUUUAGGUUAAAAGUGAAACAAAACAGGACAGAAAACAAACUAUGUCUGGACCUCCACCCCCACCCCCUCCCGGCCCCCCUCCAACCUUUGCUGUGGCAAACACAGAGAAGCCGAAUCUGAGCAGAAAUGAGCAGCAAGGGAGAAAUGCUUUACUGUCAGAUAUCAGCAAAGGGGCUCGACUGAAGAAAGCAGUCACCAAUGAUCGGAGCAGCCCAAUUCUGGACAAGCCAAAAGGAGGCGGAGGAGGGGGAGGAGGAGGAGGAGGAGGUGGAGGAGGUUUUGGGGGUGGAGCUCCAGGUGGACUGGGUGGGCUGUUUCAGGGUGGAAUGCCAAGACUGAGAUCAUCAGGAGGCAACAACGUAAGAGCACCAAUGCCUCCCACAACCGGGAGAUUCCCAGCGCCCAGCAACCCAGCAGGAAGCAGACCCCCAGUCCCAGUCUCUGGACGACCUUCUCCUGGGAGGGCUGGACCACCACCUGUACCAUCAGUAGCACGCCCAUCCCAGCACAGCUCUCCUGGCGGCCCACCACCUCUACCUGGAAACCGACCGUCAAGUUCCUCACCUUCUGCACAACCCCCAAGCCAGCCAGGCAGACGUCCAAGCCUUCCUCCCGCCCCGAGGGAGUCCCAGUCUUCUUUCCCUCCACCACCAAUGCCUGCAAGUGCCCGGCCGUCAUUACCCACAAUCCCUAGCAGGCCCUCAGAUGACUUCCCUCCCCCUCCACCACCCACUGGAGGAAGCAGAGCGUCAUUUUCUCGAAAUGGUCCAUCUUCUUUCCCUCCAGCACCAAUGCCUACAAGUGCCCGGCCGCCAUUACCCACAAUCCCUAGCAGGCCCUCAGAUGACUUCCCUCCCCCUCCACCACCCACUGGAGGCAGCAGAGCGUCAUUUUCUCGAAAUGGUCCAUCUUCUUUCCCUCCAGCGCCAAUGCCUGCAAGUGCCCGGCCGCCAUUACCCACAAUCCCUAGCAGGCCCUCAGAUGACUUCCCUCCCCCUCCACCACCCACUGGAGGAAGCAGAGCGCCAUUUUCUCGAGAUGGCCCAUUACCACCACCACCACCAUCAACUGAGAGUAAACCAUUGAGUUCUCAGAGGCCUAUGGGUAAUCCGCCUCCAUCCUUACCUCCAGGAAGAGGGGGGGCUCCACCCAUCCCACCAUCCCCAAGGGAGGAGCCCAACACUAGAGGCAGUCCAAGAAACAGCCUUCCUCCUCCGCCUCCACCUGGACGCUCCAGCCCACUGCCACCACCGCCCAAUGAGAGGCCUCCUCCAUCGGGACGGAGCCCAUCCAUACGGUCAGGUCCUCUUCCACCUCCACCCACAGGAGGAGGAAACAGAGCUGGGAUGUCUCCCCCCGCACCUCCUCCGAAUCGUCCCGGUGGAUCAGGCAGACCCCCUCUGCCCCCAGACCCUGCCAGAGUGCCCAGCUUCCCUCCCGCACCUCCCCCCGACACCAUCAAUGGCUACCAGUGCCCUCCACCACCUGUCACAGAUGAGUGGGGGAUGAGGUUCUCCUUCCAUUCUCUGUCUGAAUUACCUCCACCAGAGCCGUACGUCUCCUUCUCUAAGUCUUACCCCAGUAAGGCCGGGGGCAAAGGAAUGAGAGACAGAGGUGCGCCACCUUUGCCACCAGUUCCCAGAUGAAAUGUUUUGGCAUUAUUAUAGUGUGAGCUGGAUUUUCAUCUGCUGAAUGAGACUCAAGAACUCAUUUUUUACAUUUCCAUUUUAUUUCUUUCAUUUUAUUUCAAAUCAUAGUAAAAAUGUAUGUCCAGAUAUGGCAAUUAAAGUACAUUCUGUCAUCAUCCGUGAAGGUUUGUUUUAAUCAGUUCAUCUGCAGUUUGAAAUGAAGUCACUUUGUGUGUGUACAGGUUUAACUUACAUUGUGAAGGACAAAAGUCCCUAAAAGGAUGAUAAAACCUGAGAUUAAUAAACAUACUAAAUAAGG